CAUGUUACCGUCAGCAAGGUAUUUCCGGUUUUAGAAAUGGCCGAGUUGCUCUUAGACUCGGACAUCCGAAUUUGGGUGUUUUUACCCAUUGUAUUGAUCACAUUCUUCACUGGAAUCAUAAAACACUAUGUAACAAUACUUUUAUCAUCAGAAAAGAAGACUGAGCUACAGCAAGUUACUGAUAGUCAUGUAUUAAUAAGGAGCAGAAUCUUAAGAGAAAAUGGAAAAUUCAUCACAAAACAGGGAUUUUUAAUGAGGAAGAGCUUUUUCAAUGCAGAAAAUUCAGGAUAUUUUAAAACAGAAAAGAGAGAAUCUACUGCCAAAAACCCAAUGACAGAUCCUUCAAUGAUGACAGAUAUGCUGAAGGGAAAUGUUACAAAUGUGUUACCUAUGAUCAUUAUUGGAGGCUGGAUUAACUGGGCAUUCUCAGGGUUCCUAACAACCAAAGUUCCAUUUCCCCUUACUCUACGCUUUAAACCCAUGUUACAGAGAGGGGUGGAGCUGGCAUCACUGGACGCUUCAUGGGUUAGUUCAGCAUCCUGGUAUUUCCUCAAUGUCUUUGGUUUGAGAAGUUUAUAUACUCUUAUAUUAGGACAGGAUAAUUCGGCUGAUCAGACAAAAGCCAUGCAGGAGCAGAUGUCGGGGGCAGGAAUGAUGACUCCUCCUGAUCCAAUGAAAGCCUUCAAAGCUGAGUGGGAGGCACUAGAGGUGUGUAACCACCAGUGGUGUCUUCAGGGAGUGGAGGAAGACUUGAUUGAUGGGCCAGUGCAACCAGAGACAAUAUACAUCAAAAACAAAUAUGCAUGAUCAAUAUUGCUUUACAAAUAGUUU